AUGGGGCCCGGAGGCCCUGGCGGGGGCAACGGCACCCGAGCAAUCUGCCCGAGGAAGAGGUCGGGCAUCCUGCCGGGCUUUGCAAAUCUGACGCACCCAGAGGUCUACAGAGCGGACGAGCUGCAGAAGUACCUCGACUCGCCGACGUACGGCUACGGCACCCAGCCCCGAUUUUUUGCUGCGGUAGUGUUCGGUUCAGUGGGUGGACAGGGCGAGCCUGGUGCCCCAGGGCACUGGUCCUACAGCAUUCGAUUGAACGUGUCAAUGGGGACCACACCGUACACUGGGGUGCCCAAAACGCGACCCUUGCAGCUAGGCCUGCUGAUGAACGAGGCCAACACGUACAUGAACAAGGGCCACGUGGCUCUCCAGCUGCUCUUCGAUCGCUACAUCAUCGGCAGUCGAGACGGCGAUGCAAAUGCGACCGCUCUUCUGCACGCGAAUCGGAUGCACCUCGUCGAUGCUGACCACCAUGACGGAUCUCUGGUCGAGAAGCUCGCCGAGCCGCUGCGAUGGGCUCCACAGUCCAUUGAGACGGUGCCAAUGCCGGUGUCAGGCGUGGUCAUCGAUGGGUUCUACAAGCUAGUGUCUAUCGUGUUCCCGCUAAUUUUCAUUAUUGGCUUCCUCUACACUCAAAAGAAGGUUGUCAAUGAACUCAUCACAGAAAAGGAGACGAAGGUGCGGGAGAGUUUGAAGAUCAUGGGAGUUUCGAGCGCUAAGAUAAUUGCUUCGUGGUAUGUCACUUACGGACGGAUUUUCAGCGUUCUUUGCAUGGUAUUCGCUGUGGUUGCUGGCAUCGAGAUUUUCCCACUGUCCAGUGGGACGGUGAUAUUUGUUUUCUUUUGGCUGUGGUGCAUGUCCUUCCUGUCGUUCGGUUGGUUCAUGCAUUGUUUCUUCAACAAGUCCCGGACGGGGGGCAUCGUUACGAUGGUAGUGAUGAUGCUGCAGUGGGUUGUCUACGGCUCCCAGAAGAGGAACGGGCAGGAGCCCAGCGCGGCGGUCCUCCUGUUGAUGCUGCCCUUCCCCAAUGCCGCACUCAGCGCAGGGCUAGACAUGCUAGCAAAGUUCGAGGCGGCGAAGGUCGGUGCCACCUGGGACAAACUCGACUGGCCCGUGGACAACAGCACCAUGGCGACCGUCUUGGGCGCGAUGGCCGCCUCCAUCGUGUUCUGGACUCUGCUCGGCUGGUACCUGGACCAGGUGCUCCCCAAGGAGUACGGCACCCGCCUGCCGCCGCACUUCCCGCUCCUCGCGUCCUACUGGCUCGACCGCCCCAGCGGCCCCGGCCUGCACGCCGCCAGCGAGGGCCGCGCCGUGGGCCCGGAGGCACCGCCCGCCCUCUGCGCCGGCAGGGACACCGUGGAGGCCGUGCCGGAGGCGGUCCGGGCGCGCUCCCGGGCGUCGGGGACCCUCGUGCAGACGGUGGGGCUGCGCAAGGAGUUCCGGACCUCCGGUGGCCCGAAGGUGGCCGUGAGUGGCCUCGAUCUUACAAUGUACGAUGGACAGAUUCUUGCACUUCUGGGGCACAACGGGGCAGGGAAAUCCACGACCAUCAACAUGCUGACUGGCAUGGUGGCCCCCAGCAGAGGAGAGGCGUUCGUCGCCGGCCACUCGAUUCUGACCGACAUGCGGGACAUCCGCCGCGUGAUCGGCGUGUGCCCUCAGCACGACGUGCUCUGGCUGGAGCUCACCGUCCUGGAGCACCUCAGGGUCUACGCGCGCCUCCGUGGCGUCUCCGCCUCGGAGGUCGUCGCGAGCUCGGAGGACAUGCUCACGCAGGUCGGGCUGACAGAGAAGGCCAUGACCCGCGCCGGGUCGCUGUCGGGGGGCCAGAAGCGCAAGCUGUCUCUGUGCCUGGCCCUGAUGGGCCAGCCGCGGGCCACGUUCCUGGACGAGCCCACCUCGGGCAUGGACCCGUUCAGCCGGAGGUCCACGUGGAAUCUGAUCAGGGGCUCCCGGGAAGGGCGUGUGACGGUGCUCACCACGCACUUCAUGGACGAGGCCGACAUCCUGGGCGACCGCAUCGCCAUCAUGGCCGACGGCGACCUGCAGUGCUGUGGCUCGUCGCUGUUCCUGAAGCGCCGCUUCGGCGCUGGCUACCGCAUCACGUGCGCCAAAAAGAUCGGCACGGAG